GCACAGGCCUCCUCUCAUUUCUGAGAGGGUUUUAGGGCAAGGAAGUGUCCGCCGCGCUGCCCACUGCGUGUUGGCGGAAUGACUAUGGCAAUAUCCCCCCCAUAAUGAAGGUUAAGAAGAGACGGCCCCCAGUCCCCGGCGGUCCCGCUAUUACUGGCUACGGUGGCGACCAUGGUAAUGGUGGGGCAGGGGGUGCUAAGAAUCUCCGGUGGUGAUUCGAUUGCCACCUACGGCGACUAGACCUGGCAACAUACAACGCACGCUCCCUAAUGACUGACGAGAAAUCUUGGAGCUGGAAGAAGAGAUAGACAAGUUACGCUGGCAUAUUAUAGGAUUAUCUGAGGCCCGAAGAGAGGGGGAGGACACGGUAAUCCUGGAAUUGGGCAACUUAUUGUAUCACCGGGAGGCCGACCAUCUGUUCCAAGGAGGUGUCGGAUUUAUCGUCCACAAGUCUCUCGUUAACAACGUUAUAAUUAUUGUGAGUGUGUCGACAAGGGUUGCGUACCUUAUACUCAGAAUCACCAAACGGUAUUCGCUGAAGGUCAUACAGGUUUACGCACCAACCUCGGCAGAUCCCGAUGAGGAGGUGGAGGAAAUCUAUGAGGAUAUCUCUAGAGCCAUGCAUUCCUCCAAAACCCAAUAUACGGUAUUAAUGGGAGACUUCAAUGCAAGACUAGGCACAAGAGAGAAUGGUGAGCUGAAAGUAGGGAAAUUUGGAAUAGGGCAACGGAACUCAAGGGGCCAGCAGCUGACCGAUUUCAUGGAGAAAGAGGGACUCUUUAUGAUGAACUCUUUCUUCCAGAAGCGGCCCCACAGGAAGUGGACCUGGUCGAGCCCCGACGGUUCGACAAAAAAUGAGAUUGACUUCAUUAUGACGACCAGACGACUGUCUGGACUUGACGAUUUCCAGAUUCCCGAACAAGCCGGUUUCCGAAAAGGCUUUAGUACCAUAGAUCACAUACAUACCCUUCGGCAAAUUGUACAGAAGUCCGAAGAGUACAAUUUGCCACUAUGUCUGGCGUAUGUGGACUAUGAGAAAGCCUUUGAUUCCGUCGAAAUUUGGACGGUGCUACAGUCCCUACAGCGGUGCCAAGUUGACUGUCAGUAUAUCGAAGUGCUGAAGUACUUGUAAAGUACGGCUACGAUGGCUAUCCGAGUACAGGAAUCAGAAUACGAAACCUAUCCAACUGCAGAGAGGUAUAAGACAGGGUGACGUUAUAUCCCCGAAAUUCUUCACCGCUGCAUUGGAAGAUGUUUUGAAGCUACUGGACUGGAAUGGAUACGGUGUUAACAUUAAAUACUCGCCAUUGAUGUUCUCUCACCUUCGAUUUGCCGACGAUAUAGUCCUUAUGGCGGAAUUGCUGGAAGACCUAAGCACUAUGCUCUAUGAUCUAAAUAGUGUCUAACGGAUAGAUUUUAAGAUGAACAUGGACAAAACAAAGAUCAUGUUUAAUGUCCAUGUCACAUCUAUGCCGGUAGUCGUUGGGAGCACUAAGCUCGCGGUUGUUGACGAGUUUAUUUACUUGGGACAAAUAGUCCGACUAGGUAAGUCCAACUUCGACUCUCGGUCAAUCGACGGAUUCAACUCGGCUGGGCAGCGUUCUCAUCAGGCAUACCUCAAAACCUGAAAACGAGAUUGUACAAUCAGUGCGUGUUGCCAGUGAUGAUUUAUGAAUCUGAGACGUGGUCCUUCACUGCUGGCCGUAUGAGGACGCUGUAGGUCGCUCAGCGAGCUAUGAAGAGGGCUAUGCUCGGGGUUUCUUUGCUUGAUAAACUUAGAAAUGAGGAUAUUCGCAGUAGAACCAGAGUGACCGACGUAACCCAACGGAUUAGUAGGCUGAAGUGGCAAUGGGCUGAUCAUAUAGCUCGAAGAACUGACAACUGAUGGGGAAAAAAGGUUCUCGAGUGGCAGCCUCAUACCGGUAGGUGAAGUGUAGGGCGACCCUCCACUAGAUGGAGUGACGACCUGGUAAGACAUGCAGGAAGUGUGGCUCAGGACCGUGCUUUGUGGCAUUCCUUGGGGGAGCCUAUGUUCAGCAGUGGACUUGUGAUGGGCUGUAAUGAUGAUGAUGAUGAGAUUCCAUCUUAGUCCUUAGUGGUGACAACGCAUCUGCAUUUUGAUUUGUAUAUCUAUGGGCCAUACUAUCCUCUUACCAUCAGGUGGACUGUGAGCUUGUUUAUCAAUCCACGUCUGCGAUCAUCAUUUCGCCAGCGAUGCGUAAAGAUUAUGGCAAAUUUUCGCCACAAAGGAAGAGGCCGGUAAAAAUCCACUUCUGGAUUCAUGUCCAGGAUUUUUACGGGCUUACGAUCAUGAAGAAGUAUAAAGAAUUGCUUUUAAAUCUUAGAAGUAAAGCACAUUUUAUUUACAGUUUUUAAACCGCGGCCAUCUUGCAGCCCGUGCUGAUUUCAUACUUCGCGCACCGCAGAAAGCAUCUUUCCACUACAUAAAUGCGGCACCGCAAUGGAUGCGUGGGAAUGCCGGGGAUUGGGCUGCGUUGGAAGAAGCACUCCGUCGCCGCAUCUCAAAAUACGGCACCAGCGUGAAAGUGAUCACCGGCACUCAUGGGGUCUGCACGCUGCCUGACAACCAGGGAAUACAGAAGCAGUUGUUCUUGGGCAUCGACGAAAACAACAACUACGUGAUUCCUGUGCCACUUUAUUUUUAUAAGUUAGUUUACGACCCGCAUAAGAAGAGAGCGGCGGCUUUCAUAUCAAUCAAUUCCUCGUACUACAAUAGCACUAUGAUCGAAAAGCUGACGUUCUGCAGCGACGUCUGCGACGGAAACAAGAAGUACUCGUGGCUAAGAUGGCGAUCUAACGACGGCACGCACAGUUUCUGUUGUAACUACGAAGAAUUUUCAAAAUAUAUUGACUACUUACCCAAACUUGAUGUCAAAAAGUUAUUUUACUAGAUUGUGAUAUUAAAAAGUAUAUCGUCUGCAUAAUCAUAUGUGGAGAUCUGUAAACCUUGUAAAUAAAACAAAUUUCCAGUCCAAUACAUUUAUUCAACUAUCUAACAUAAUGUAUAAAUUAUUUAAAUAAAAUAUACUUAAUCUAAAGUCUUCACAUUUGAGAUUACAUUUAUUUUUAUUUUCCUGUACAAAUUAAAAAUUUC